AUGGCCCUCACGGAAGGGAGCAGCCUGGUCCCUAAGGCCCGCAUUGUGGGGGGUGUGGAGGCGUCCCUCCACCAAUGGCCGUGGCAGGCUAGCCUGCGGGAGUACGGCCAGCACGUGUGUGGGGGCAGCCUCAUCAACAGCCAGUGGGUGCUGACUGCUGCUCACUGCAUCCCCAGCUCUGUACGCCAGGGGCAGCUGACAGUGCAGCUGGGCGAGUCAGCCCUGUACACCAGGCCCCCGGGCUCCGUGAGCAUGAACGUGGCACGUGUGUUCCGGCACCCCUCCUACAGCGGGGACGCCCUGCAGGGUGCGGACGUGGCCCUCCUGAGGCUGGCGCGCCCCGUGCGCUUCUCUCGCACCAUCAGGCCCGUGCAGCUGGCCAGGCCCGGCCUUGACAUCCCCCCGGGCACCCUCUGCUGGGUGACCGGCUGGGGCGACGUCAGCCAGGACGAGGCCCUGCCCCAGCCCCUCCAGCUGCAGGAGGUGGACGUGCUGACCGUGAGCCCUCAGGUGUGCCGCCAGCAGUACGCACCAGAGCGCAUUGCCCAGGAUAUGCUGUGUGCUGGCGCCCCCCGGGGCCGCAAAGGCUUCUGUGAGGGUGACUCCGGGGGCCCGCUGGUGUGCCAGCUUGCGAGCGGCUCGUGGGUGCAGGCAGCCGUGGUCAGCUUCAGCAAGGGCUGCGCAGAGCCAGGCGCCCCGGGCGUGUACGCAAGUGUGCUGUAUCCACCCCUCAACCCUGCCCUGCGGUUCCCUGCUACUGGGUCCACCAACUCCAGGGGCCCAUCACCACAGAUAUCAGGGGCGACCCCAGGCAGGAGGCACUGCAAGCAUUGA